CCCCACAUUCCGGGUUACAGAGGCUUGAUCGACCCUGAUACACCGAAAAAUGCCAAAACUCGACGUGGGUUCGAUGGGGAUGAGUACGAGUUGGUCUUCAGUGAUGAAUUUAAUCAAAACGGUCGUACAUUCUGGCCUGGGGAUGAUCCGUAUUGGGAAGCUGCAGACAUUCAUUAUUGGCCUACAGGUGAUCAGGAAUGGUAUGAUCCAGAUGGAGCCGUCACCAAGGACGGGUUUCUCGUCAUCACUCUAUCAGAAAUGGAUCCCGAUAUCAAUCAUAAUUUGAAUUAUCGAAGUGGGAUGCUUACCAGUUGGAACAAAAUGUGCUUUACCGGUGGAUACUUUGAAGUCUCUCUCAUACUCCCCGGCUCAAAUGAAGUCGGAGGAUUUUGGCCGGCUGUUUGGACUAUGGGAAACCUCGCUCGAGCAGGUUACGGUGGUACUACAGAGGGUCUUUGGCCUUACAGUUACAAUUCAUGUGAUGUUGGCGCAAUGCCAAAUCAAACUGAUCCCAACACAGGUGCACCUGGGCCCUCAAUUCUCACGUCGGUAAGUGACUUAUCUUGGCAACCAGGGCAAAGACUCUCACGAUGUACUUGCAAGGGCGAAGAUCACCCUGGGGACAAAAAUUCAGAUGGAACAUAUAAAGGACGCGCUUCACCUGAGAUCGAUAUUCUGGAAGCUUACUCGUACGAAAAAUCAGCUACUGGAUUCGCCUCCCAAUCACUACAAGUUGCACCUUAUGACGCAAAUCGACAAUGGACUACUAAACAAGGAGAAACAUAUCAAAGUUACACCAAUCCUGGUAUUAAGACUACUAUGAAUUCUUAUCAUGGUGGUAAUCGACAACAAACUGCGUCUUUCUUAUCAACGAUUCCUACCUCCAAUUGUAAGUUUCGAAAUUAUUGGGGGUCACAGAUGAACUACAGGGAAAUAAAACUUUGCAAUACGGGAGUGAAUGGGUACCAAACUUGGUCCAUAGGAGACAAGCCAACUUGGACUUUGAACAAUACCGGCAUCGGAGCUAAUUCUGCCAGUAUGAUUGGUGAACGGCUUGUUUCCAACGAGCCAAUGUAUAUGAUCCUCAAUCUAGGGAUCAGUGAUACAUUUGUUCCGGUCAACAAAGCUCGUUUAAAUUUUCCGGCAAAAAUGUUGAUAGAUUACGUUCGAGUGUAUCAACCCAAAGGUAGAAAGAAUGUAGGAUGCAGUCCCAAGGAUUAUCCUACAGAGGAUUAUAUCAAUAGACAUCUUAAUGCCUACUUGAACGUAAACAUAACUACAUGGGCACAGGCUAAUCAAACUUUCCCCAAGAACUCCAUGAUGGACGGAUGUUCUCAACCUACUUCAUAG